CCUGGUGUCAGUGUCACUCGAUUCAAUGAGACCUGAGUCAGCAGGGAAGUUGAGGGGGAUGCAGCUGCGCUUCAGCGGUGCGCACUGGGACUGAGGCGGUCACUGAAUGAUGUGCUCCCUGGUCGACGAUAUUCCUGUCGGAUGGAUUUAGAAAACAACAGGAGCAGCGGUUAACAGACUGACGUCAUGAAUAAGAUGAACCGACCACUUUCACUUGAAAGUAAACGUGUCUUGACUAAACUGUAACGUUUAUAUUCAGUGUAGUUGAAACAACUGGCAGCACGUUUUCCGCUGGUGAGGGCUAGUUUACGAGGAGCACGUGAAGGCAACACCCAGUAGGGUGUCAAGGAGAGUGGGCGGUCCUUCACCGCAUGACCCCCCGCGCACAUCCCAUCGAGUAUCCCAGUGAUGUGUUGUCUCGAUGCCGAGGGUCCUUUCAGUGCAGAGGACAAUCCGAGCUCAGGCUGUCAGACCGCUGAACCCACGCGGUGUUCAUAUGAAGACGGUUACAACACUUCUGAAGCCUGACGUCACUGGAGGCUCGAGUUUACCGGCUCUCACUGAGUCUUCCUAUUGGUGAAGUACUCUCUGUGUUGUCGUGAUCACUCCCCUGGCCCCCAGCAUCCACUGUCAUCAUGGGAGGGGUAGUCCAAAUGCACUUCACCACAGUGGACUACGUCAUCUUUGCCCUACUUUUAGUAGCCUCAACUGGCAUCGGACUCUUCCAUGCUUUCUCCGGUGGACGCCAACGCACAACACAGGAGUUCCUGAUGGCUGAUCGCUCCAUGAGCUGCCUGCCUGUGUCUUUGUCCCUGCUGGCCACUUUCCAGUCGGCUGUGGCCAUCCUUGGUGCUCCAUCUGAGGUGUACACCUUUGGGACUCAGUACUGGUUCCUGGGCUGCUCCUACUUCUUAGGCCUGCUCAUCCCGGCUCAUGUUUUCAUACCAGUUUUCUAUAGACUUCGUCUGUCCAGCGCGCUACAGUAUCUGGAGCUGCGCUUUAACAAGACGGUUCGCAUAUGUGGGACUGUGACCUUCAUCUUUCAGAUGGUCAUUUAUAUGGGGGUUGUACUGUAUGCCCCGGCAUUGGCACUCAAUGCAGUGACAGGCAUUGACCUAUGGGGGGCAGUACUGGCCAUGGGCUUGGUGUGCACUCUUUAUACUGCUCUGGGCGGUCUGAAGGCAGUAAUCUGGACCGAUGUGUUCCAGACAGUGGUCAUGUUUGCAGGCCAGCUUGCGGUCAUCGUUGUGGGGGCCAAUCAGGCGGGGGGCAUAGCAGAGGUGUGGAGGAAAGCGACCAAUGGCAGUCGCAUUGCUGGUCUGGACCUGAACCCCGACCCUUUGGAGCGCCAUACCUUCUGGACACUAGGUGUGGGAGGAGUCUUCCUGAUGUUGGCUCUAUACGGGGUCAACCAGGCCCAGGUCCAGAGGUACCUCAGUUCUCGUACGGAAAAAGAGGCCAUUAUGUCCUGCUACAUAGUUUUCCCAUGCCAGCAGAUUGUCUUAUGUUUAGGUUGUAUGAUGGGGCUGGUCAUGUUUGCUCGUUAUGGAGAGGAUAGCCCCCUGGACAAGGGCUUUGUCAAAUCUAAUGACCAGAUGGUCCUGUACUUUGUGAUGGACGUGUUCAAGGAUCUGCCCGGGCUUGCGGGACUGUUUGUAGCCUGUCUCUUCAGUGGAGCUCUCAGUACUAUAUCAUCAGCCUUUAACUCCCUAGCGACAGUAACCAUGGAGGACCUGAUUAAACCUCAUUUUCCAAACAUGACUGAAGCCAAAGCUACGCUGCUGUCCAAGGGACUCGCUUUGGUAUAUGGCCUGGUGUGUCUGGCCAUGGCCUACGUCGCCUCUAUUAUGGGAUCUGUUCUGCAGGCAGCCUUCAGCAUCUUUGGGAUGGUUGGUGGUCCUCUGCUUGGCCUCUUCUGCCUUGGAUUGUUUUUUCCGUGGGCAAACUCUACUGGUGCACUGGUCGGGUUGGUAGCAGGCCUUGCCAUGGCCUUCUGGAUCGGCAUUGGUAGCUUUUUGCUGCGCAUGUCUGAGGCCAACGCAAUGGGAGCCCUCAACGCCACAAAUCUGCCCCUGUUUGACAACAUGACCACCGCUGUCAUGACCCCACUGGUCAGCGCCACCACAGCCAAGCCGAGGCCGACAGGUGUGGAGGCACUCUACUCGCUAUCCUACAUGUGGUAUAGUGCCCACAACUCCGCCGUGGUGGUGGUAGUGGGACUUUUGGUCAGCUUGCUAACAG